CAUGCACAUACCCUCACCAUUUGUGCACAGAAAGAGAGAGAAAGAGAGAGCGAUCUAGAGAGAGGGGAGGAGGUAUCGUGUGCUCCAGUCUGGGAUACCAAACUACUUACAACUUUGGAGAAGGGCAAUUGUCAAGAUAUGGACCAUAGCCAAAAGGACUAAGAACUGUCAAACUGCUGCAGGGCCUGAACUUGGGAUCUAGAGACGCACGCUUACAAAAUUUGCCGUCAUGGAGAACUCAAAUUACUUCUUCAACUCUACAGCGUCGCCCAACACGAGCACGGCCUCUCCCACGCCCUCUUGUGGUGAAGAAUGGACUCGCAUUGACAUGUCCACUCUCAUCCCGACGAUAUACAGCAUCAUUGCCAUAUUCGGCACGGUUGGCAAUGUGUUAGCGAUUAGCGUUUUGGCUCAUUCAAGUACGUCAAGAAGCGUCGCCAAUACUUUCAUGGUAAACCUGUGCGUGGCCGAUUUGCUGUUCCUCCUAGCGCUACCACUGUGGGCUGCGUACUACUCGCAAAACUACAACUGGACUUUUGGACGCGUGACUUGCAAAAUAUGCGGCGCGCUUCUCCACUUCAAUCUUUACGCAUCCAUUUUCUUCAUCAUGUGUAUGAGUAUGGACAGGUAUCUCGCCAUCGUUCACCCUUUGAGGUCCCGAAGCGCUCGCGACCCCAAAAUCGCGAGGUUCACUUGUAUUGUGGUAUGGGUCCUGGCUUGCCUUUGCUCCGCUCCGACUCUAGCGCUUCGGGAUAUCCACGCUAUCCCUCAGUUAAACAUCGAAGUAUGCGGCGUUAAGUACCCCAAUGACACCUGGUUCUUUGCCCUCGCCUGGAUGAAGGUAAUAGUAGGCUUUGUACUCCCUUUGAUAGUUAUCUGCUGCUGUUACUGCAUCAUUGGGAGACACUUACUCGCAGAUACAGGCCUGGUAAGAAUGCAAAGUACAACGCAGUCCGUGAAAAAAUGCGUGGAAUCCAAAGACCAACACGGUAAAUUUGAACGACCUCCGACCCCUUGCCCCCAUCCGAGAUCUGGCAAUAGCAAACCCCUGGAGGGAAGAGGACUACAAAGAGUCUUAUGGACAGUAGCUGCAGUCGUCAUCGCGUUUUUCCUAUGUUGGUUCCCAUUUCAUUGCGUUACGAUGCUAGAUGUUGGCAAAGCGUACGGAUGGUUGGGAGGGUGCUGGGUGGAUUGGACCAUUGAAAAUUUGAUGCCGAUUACGCUCUGUUUGGGGUUUUCGAAUUCGGCGAUAAACCCGCUCUUGUACUGCUUCAUCGGACACCAUUUCAGAGGGCGGCUGGGUGGGCUUUGUAAGGGUCUGUGUGCCUGUGUGAAAGCUCGCGAAGAGGAGCACAACAGCCAGAAGAGAGGGUCUUUUAGCACCAGACUCAGCUCAUUCUCACGGAAACUCAGUGAUCUCAAAGACUUGGCCAUGGUCGAGAACUCUUAAUCCUGAAAAAGAUAUUAAGUCACUUCAACCUAUUUGAAUUAAAUAGCUUUGACUUCAUGUAGGGUAACUUUUCUGGUGUAGGGCCCGUCAAAUUCUUUUCUCCAUGGAGAUGUUAUUGCUUUGUGUGGGAAGUUUCACAAUAUGGCCUUUGUAUCUUCAUGUAGACCAAACCAGACCAAGUUACAGGUCAGAUCUGUGGAGAGGCGACCCCACUCACAAUCAAAAUUCCUGUUUUUCCAGGUACUGAGCCACCUGUAAUUGAAUAAAUGUAAGGUAGAGCUGUUUAAUGUCAUACUGUGGAACAUUCCAGGCAAAGGAAAGACAUAUCUAUAGAAACAAGCAGGUGACACACCCCCCACCAAAAAGUUACUUAAUGCACCUUUAAAUGUACACAACAGUCAAAAGUUUGGACUUAGCCUCUCAAUGAAUGUUUUUUUUUUUGUUUUUGUUUAUAUGCUUACUACUACUACUACUACUACUACUACUACUACUACUACUACUACUACUACUACUAAUAUGUUUAUUAUGUUAAUUAACAGAUACAUAAAGGCAUUAUUCUACAUUAUCGAAUAUAAUCUACAACUACUUUCUACAUUUGAUAAACAUACAGAAGACAUCAAAUAUAUGAAGUAAAUGUAAUGUAGGAAAUUAUGUAGGAAAGAAAAAAAAGUAAAAAAAAAAAAAAAAAAAGAAAUAAAUAACCAAAUCAUCAAAUUAAACAUUACAUAACUUUUUUCAUUUUUCAUUUUUCCAGUUUCAUGCAUCUUAUUUCAUAUAUUUGACGUCUUCUGUAUCUGUAUGUAGAAAGUAGUAAACAUAUAUAUUAAAAAAAAAAAAAAACAUUGAAUGAGAGGGCGAGUCCAAACUUUUGCUUAGAAGUGUAUAUAAGGUCUUCCAACUCUUGUACUACUUUUUUUCUGUGCUGUUAUUGAAAGAAAGAUGAACAAAUUGUAGAGGCACCAUUGUAUAAACGCCAUAGAUAAUCUAUUGAUCAAUCAAAGAGGUUGUGAUAUUUUUUUACCAUUAUAAUUUACAUUUUAUACAUUGUGUUGGGGUUGAUAAUGUGAUAAUGUGAGAAAGUUUGAAAUGUUAAACAGCAAUAAUGUAAAUGUACAGUACUUAUAUAUAGUUACAUGGUGUUGAUCCACUAUUUCCAACUUUCCUGGGGAUAGUACAAAACAAUUUAUCACAUGACAUAAUAUGAAAUGUAGCCAGGACUUGCCACUAGAUGGAGUCAUGAGCAACUUAAAAGCUCUAAUGUGUAUAUAGCUUUUGUUUUGAAGUUGCAAACUUGUGGCAACUGGGGAAUAAAAUAAAGAUGUAUAAGGUAAUAUAUGGAGGUAUAAGGUAUGAUUAAUUUACCAAAAAACGCGUAUUUCUUCUAUCUUUCAUUGUAAUAAUUUGUAAAUGUUUUGUAUUACUGUGAAAUUCUUAAGCCAUUGUAAUAAAAAAAAAGUGGAAAAAGCAUCUGGCAUGUUCUUUUCGUUGUGUAUACAAUCUGUACAUUAAAGUUCACCAAGGAUCAGUCGCUCACGGGUGGUUGCAUCUAUAAUACAUCCAGGUUUAAAAUGGCACAGAAGUGACAUUUUCAGGGCACCAGCUCAUAGUAGAGAAUAGAUUAAUAUCGAGACAUUACAGAGA